AUGCUGAUCGGCAUCUGCGGCUCGAUCUGCAGCGGCAAACAUAUCACAGCCGAGUAUCUGGUCCAACACCAUGGGUUCCUACGGCUUCACCUGCCAUCCGAUGCACAACUCCUCAGCAACACGCCAGAAGACGCCAAACGCCUCCUCCCAUCAGUAACCGACCAAAAAGGCACACGAGGCCUCACAUUCCCCGAUGUCGACUCUCUCCUCGACUUCGUCACCAAACGCUGGCGAGAACACUGGGUCCUAACAGACAUUCACGACGAAACCACCCUCGAACUCCUCCUCCGCCGCCCUUUCUUCCUUCUCCUCAGCAUCGACGCCCCCGUCAGCCUCCGCUACCAACGCUUCACCAACCGCUGCACAACCCGCCACCUCGACCCCAUGCCCCUCCUCGACUUCAUCACCACAAACGACAUCCAACUCUACGGGUCCCUCAACUCAUCCGCUCCAACCACCCCAGGCGUCGACGGCCGUCCUUCACACAACCCCGGCAUCGCCCAUCUCCUCCCCCGCGCCCACCUCCAAAUCCUAAACCAAUACACCUCCAUCCCUUCCUACUACACCUUCCUCAGCAGCCUCGAACUUCCCUCCCCCAUCCGCCUCCGCCCAACCUGGGACGCCUACUUCAUGACGCUCGCCUCUCUCGCCUCUCUACGGUCCAACUGCAUGAAGCGCCGCGUCGGCUGCGUCCUCGUCUCCAACAGCCGCAUCAUCUCCACCGGCUACAACGGCACGCCGCGCAACCUCACUAACUGCAACGAGGGCGGGUGUGAGCGCUGCAACAACACCGGUCGCGCCGGCGGGGUCGGGUUGAGCACCUGUUUAUGUUUGCAUGCCGAGGAGAAUGCGUUGUUGGAGGCCGGGAGGGAGAGAAUCAGGGAGGGAAGUGUGUUGUAUUGCGAUACGUGUCCGUGUUUGACGUGUAGUGUUAAGAUUGCGCAGGUGGGGGUCAAGGAGGUGGUGUAUAGUCAGAGUUAUAAUAUGGAUGAGGCGAGCAGAGCGGUGUUGAAGGAGGCAGGGGUGGAGUUGAGGCAAUUUAGUCCGCCACGGAGUGGAUUGGUGGGGAUGGGGACGAGUUAUCAGGCUGGGUGGGAGGACUUGGGUGGGGAGUUGGUUGUUAGAUAG